AUGUCGUCGUCGGUCCCGCUAAUUCGCAUUUCGCCGUCCGAGUUCCAGUUCUCGCAAACAAAGAGCGGAUACUCGAGCCGGCUGCGGCUGACGAAUCUGCAGCAGCGUCCGGUCGGGUUCAAGUUCAAAACCAACGCACCGCACAAGUUCCUGGUGAAGCCGGUGGUGUGUGCGUUGACAAAGAAAGGCAUGGCAGUAGACGUCAUUGUCAAGAGCACAUCGGCAAUCACCGAUACCGACCGAUUCCUCAUCCAGACCGUCGCCUUGUCGGGCGAUGAAGCCGACGGCCUGGAUUCCUCAAAGUGGCGGAAGCUGGACCCGACGCGAAUCAUGGAGGACCUCAUCCAGUGCACGCAUGGCCGUCGCGCGUCUAUCUCGUCGCACGGAAGCCUGUCGCCGCCUGCCAGCCCGCCGCUGGUGGCCGUAUCGCACGUGUACGACUCGGAACAGCAGCCAAUGCUGCCUAGAAUCGAUGAAAAGCCGUCCAGCGGCAGCCAGCAGCUGGCAAAACGUGUGUUUAUGCUGAUGCCCGGAAUCGACAUGUCUGACUGGUCGUGGACUGAAUUUGCGCUGUUUGGUGCCAUUUGCAUGGCCAUUGGGUUUUUCCUGCCUGCCAUCCGCUAUGUUUUGCUCAACUAACCACCCCCUUCCACAUCCAUAGCUUGUAACAUGUACAUUUACACUAAUCCUAUCAUUUCUUUUUAUUGUCUUUCCUAAUACCCAUCUCCUACUCCUCCG